CAGGCUCCACCUGGUGCAUGUUGUGGGACUGGUGACUGAUCCCUGUAAGUCUUCAUCUGAUCUUUUUCCUACUGCUUGUUAAAACAUUUAUCAUGAGAACAUUUGUUAAAUUAUGGAUUCCUCAGUGCUUGCGGAUUCUCAGGUCACCUUGCAGAUUAUUGCACAGAUACAACAGGCUUCUUGCAUCUCCACUUAUUUCAUAUUACGAUUCUAUAAACCAGUGUGAAAGGGAACUACCAGAAUAUUUCAACUUUGCAAGUGAUGUCUUGGAUAAAUGGGCACAGCUGGAAAAGGAUGGGAGAAGACCAGCAAAUCCAGCUUUUUGGUGGGUAAAGGAUGAAGGAGAGGAGGUGAAGUGGAGCUUUGAAGAACUAGGAUUUCUGUCCAGCAAGGCAGCUAAUAUACUCUCUGAAGCAUGUGGUUUGCAGAAAGGAGACAAAGUUUUAGUAGUUCUCCCUCGGGUCCCUGAAUGGUGGCUGCUGAAUAUAGCCUGUAUGCGAACAGGAAUUGUCUGCAUUCCAGGAACAUCCCAAUUAACAGCCAAAGACAUUUUAUACCGACUACAGGCCUCAAAGGCCAAGUGCAUCGUUACCAGUGAUGCUCUGGCACCUGCAGUGGAAUCUGUCAUGCCUGACUGCCAGUCUCUGAAAAGCAAACUAAUUGUAUCCAAAAACAGCAGAGAUGGGUGGCUGAACUUCAAAGAACUCCUUGCGGUAACAUCUGCUAACCAUAAAUGUGUCAAGACAAGGAGUCAAGACCCAAUGCUGAUCUAUUUUACUAGUGGGAGUACCGGCUCUCCAAAAAUGGUGGUGCAGUCGCACAGCAGUUAUGGCAUUGGAUUUACUGUCAGUGGCAGGUACUGGAUGGACUUGACUCCCUCAGAUAUAAUGUGGAAUACUUCUGACACAGGUUGGGUAAAGUCAGCGUGGAGCAGUGUUUUUGCUCCAUGGAUGAACGGAUCAUGUGUCUUUAUACACCAUAUGCCUCAGUUUAAACCAGAAAUCGUCGCAGAUACUCUCUCAAGAUACCCCAUCACCACCUUUUGCACAGCCCCCACGGCCUACCGCAUGCUGGUGCAACACGGUUUGAGCAGCUACAAGUUUAUGAGUCUGAAACACUGUGUAUCUGGAGGGGAACCACUCAAUCCUGAAGUGAUAAAGCAGUGGAAAACCCAAACAGGCCUGAAUAUCCAUGAAGGUUAUGGCCAGACUGAGACAGUAACAAUAUGUGCCAAUGUGAAAGGAAUGAAAAUUAAACCUGGCUCUUUGGGAAAAGCCUUGCCCCCUUAUGAUGUGCAGAUUGUAGAUGACCACGGGGCUAUUCUCCCUGCAGGAGAAGAAGGUGACAUUGCUAUCCGAAUCCAACCUAGGCGACCAUUCUGCCUGUUCUCUCAGUACCUGGAUAAUCCAGAGAAAACUGCUGCCACUGUGCGUGGAAACUUUUACAUCACUGGAGACAGAGGAAUUAUGGAUGAAGAAGGAUAUAUCUGGUUUGUUGGAAGAUCUGAUGAUAUAAUUAAUUCCUCUGGCUAUCGUAUUGGUCCAUUUGAAGUUGAAAGUGCAUUAAUAGAACACCCUGCAGUCUCCGAGUCAGCUGUUGUCAGCAGUCCUGAUCCAAUUCGAGGGGAGGUAGUCAAAGCCUUUGUUGUUUUGGCUCCUGCUUUUGUAUCACAUGAUCCAGAACAACUCAUUCGUGAUCUUCAGCAGCAUGUCAGAAAUGUGACUGCUCCUUACAAGUACCCAAGAAAGAUUGAAUUCGUUCAGGCUCUGCCAAAGACUGUUGCUGGGAAAAUUCAGAGGAAGAUUCUAAAGAAUAAAGAGUGGGGAAGAGCAUAACAUGACUCAGAAAAUGAGGA